GCUGCCUGUGUGAGGAGAAUUCAGUCUCCGCGUACCUCAAGUCCAGUACUGAGUCCAGUCGAUGGCUGGGCAUGUUUAGUUCGCUGUUUAGUCGAGUAACUUCGCUGUCAUAUUUUUCCAUGACAUCUGCUUCUGCUCUAACCGAGUUAUGUGAGUUGUUAGGCCGUUUAGAGUUCUCUACAAUUGAAGUGAGUAAUAAUGUACAAUGGAGCUGAUACCAGACUGGCUUUGUUCUGAAUUUUUGUUUCAAUGUCUGAAAAAUGAAGACGGCAUGCGAAAUAUUGUGAUUAAAAACUUUGAUACAUCACAAGCGGUACCGCCUGGAGAAUAUUACGGCAGCUGUCCAAUCCGAGUCAAGGUGGACUAUCAGAAUAGCGAGCACGAAGAUCAAGUGCAUUCACUGUACUUGAUUGUGAAAUCAGAAGUUCAAGGUGAUACUAUGAAGGAAGUUGUCGACAACUACGGCUGUUGCGAACCAGUGUUUUACAGAAGGUUCCUAUCAAAAGCCAGACUCUUUACAAGCAUACCCUUUGUACCUAAAAGUUACUCCUCCCCUCUAUUUCCAAUUGUUGUUCUUGAAGAUCUGAUGCAGCAGGGAUUUAAGAUGGCUGACAAAUCACAAGGUGUGGAUUUUGAUCAUUGCCGCCUGUACGUGACAGCUGUAGCGGCACUUCAUGCAGUUUCCUAUGAGGUCCUUAUAGAACAUCCUGAGUUCAUUGAGUCCAUUGGGAAAGAAAAGCUAUAUAGUCGCGGCCAACCAAUGUCUGAUGGGUACAAUAUUAUGUGUCUCAGUGGAAUGAGAUGUUUGUAUGAAUACACAGAAACGGUUGAUGAGUUCAAUAAAUAUACUAAGAUUAUCAAAGAUUUUUCUGAAACUCUGUAUGACAUGGUAUUAGAAGCUGUCAAACCACGAGAAGAGGACUUUAAUACAAUGAACCAUGGUGACCCUUGGAUCAACAACUUGUUGUUCAAAUAUGGUAACAAUGGAUCUGUCGACGAAAUAAAGUUACUGGACUUUCAACUGGUAAAGUAUACAUCGCCAGUUGUUGAUAUAGUAUAUUUCAUUUGGUCCAGUGCCAAUGACGAUGUCAAAACAAAUAAAUUGAACGAUUUGUACAAAAUGUACACUGAUGAACUGAACAAGAAUCUCAGUAAGUUAAACUCUACAAAAAGAAUGUCCUACGAAAACGUUCUGCAAAAAGUUAAAGAUUUGAGUCCAUUAGCGAUGUGUAUGGCAGUGGUUAUUCCGAUGUUUAUAAGCGAAAAUUCUGUGGUGGAUUUAACGCCGAUUUUUACCGAAGGUUGUAAAGAAAAUACGUAUCAGCUCUACAAACCAUUUUACAGCAGCGGAAGCUUUUAUACAGAUCGCCUCCCAAAGUUAGUGAAACAGUUGGAAAUUGCAGGUGUGUUUGACUACUUAAAGGAAAUAGCCAAAUAAUGGGGUUCUCUGAUAUAGUAUGCAUGCGUGAACUGUGAACAGUAUGUAUAUCUGAAAUAAAAGAUGGUAAAUGAG